AUGAAACGGAGUGGGAAGUCGAACGGCAGACAUUCUGCCAACCACUUCUGCGAGAUCGAGACCCUGGACCCACCUAUGUAUUCGUACGCAACCCCCCUGCAAGUUCCAUCCUCACCACCUGUACACGUAACUACCAAGAUCGCGACCCAUCCCACCAGCCAACCACGUUCCUACCUACAGCUGUAUUUUCCCACCCACUUCGUGCCUUUUUCGUUCUUCAUUCUCUCCAUAUUUCUCCACCGCUUCGUCUACGACCGUCUACGACCUCGUUUCCGGAACUGGCUUGUCCGCUACAACUCGACGGAGGACGAGGUAAAUCACCAUUACAUACACUCGCUCACGCUUGAUCUCAAUUCUUCUUCUUCGCCGUCACAGCACGAGAGGCUAGACUUCGCAGCUGUAUCACUCCGACACCCCCAGCCCGGGAUUUGGGCGGCUCUGAUGCCUUUGUCUUCCCGAAACAGCGGCUUUGUCCAAAUUCGCAGAAGCCACUCCAACGAGAUGGCUCGCGACCACGAGAUACCUUUGACCCAAGUCAAGAGCCACGCCAGCUCCACCGGCGCCCGCCGGCCAAAUAUGGGCGCCGGCGUCGCGCAGGACAGCCUGACCUCUAGCACCACCAACAACGAGAAGCAUUCCCACCUCCACCGCCGCGCCGGCGCCGGCCGCCGGAGGAAGAACAGUGGACUGAGCAGGGCCGGGACGGACGGGUCAGGCAAUGAGGUGUCCCUGAAUGCUAUGGGCCGCCUAUACAAGAAGAUCGUCGGAGCCUCCGUCGUCACCCGCUACCUGGUCUACAUCAUUCCCGUCGCCGUUCUGCUUGCCGUGCCCCUCAUCGUCCUCCCCGUCCUCGGCCUCAAGGAUAGGUUUGUCGUCGGCGUCGGCAUCCAGCCCGAAGAUGAGAGCGAACGUCGCCACGGCCCCCAGCUAUUCAACAUUUUCCUCUGGAUCGAGAUCGCCUGGCUCACCCUCUGGGUCGGCAAAUUGGUCGCCUGGUUCCUCCCCCGGCUUUUCAUGUUUCUCAUCGGCGUUGUCAGCUCUGGCACUCGCAAGUAUGCCACCGUGCUGCAGAACCUGCAGAUUCCCUUGUCCCUCUUCUUUUGGGCCCUCGCGUCCUGGCUCACCUUCCGAGGCCUGUUCGGCCGCUUUGAGGACGGAUUCCCCUGGGUGAGGACCCUGGGCCGCGUCCUCGGCGCCCUGUUUAUCUCGUCCAUUGUCUACCUCGUUGAGAAGGCCCUCGUCCAGCUCAUCGGCAUCUCGUACCAUCAGCGGUCUUUCGCCCUCCGAAUCAAGGCGUGCAAGCGUGACGUCUACCUGCUUGGUCUGCUCUACGAUGCCUCCAGGAAGCUCUUCCCGAUGUACUGCCCCGAGUUCGAGGAGGACGACUACAUCAUUGCCGAUUCUGUUUUCGCCCAGACGGGCAAGAAGAUCGGCACCGCUGCCACGCCUCUCAAGUUCGUCGGCAACAUCGGCCGUAUCGGCGACAAGGUUACAGCUGCCUUCGGCAACGUCGCGUCCGAGAUUACAGGAAGACAGGUGUUCAACCCUAAUUCGGCCCAUUCGAUCGUCAUCGAGGCUCUGGAGAAGCCGAAGCCGUCGCAGGCCCUUGCCCGUCGCAUUUGGAUGGCCUUCGUCUGCGAGGGCAAUGACGCCCUGUAUCUGGAAGACGUUGAGGAGGUCCUCGGCCCCGAGAAGAAACUAGAGGCCGAAGAGGCUUUCAACGCCAUCGACAGCGACAUGAACGGGGACAUCAGCCUCGAGGAGAUCAGCCGGAAAGUAGUGGAAGUGAGCAGGGAGCGCAAGGCCAUCACCGAGGGGAUGAAGGACAUUGGCCAAGCCCUCCGGGUCUUCGACAAGGUCCUGAUGUUCGUCGUCCUGCUCAUCGUCAUCUUCAUCUUCCUCGCUUGGUUCCAGUCUAGCUUGCUCACCACGGUUGCCACGGCCGGUACCGCCCUCCUCUCCCUUUCGUUCAUCUUCGCCGUCACGGCUCAGGAGUUCCUCGGUUCUUGCAUCUUCCUCUUUGUCAAGCAUCCCUUCGAUGUUGGCGACCGCGUCGACAUUGUCGGACCCGAGAAGCAGCGCCUGGUCGUCGACAAGAUCUCUCUUCUCUACUCAGUCUUUACCCGCAUUGAUAAGAUGCAGGUUGUUCAGGUCCCAAAUAUCGUACUCAACAACCUUUGGAUCGAGAACAUCUCGCGCAGCAAGCACAUGAAAGAAGACAUCACCGUCAAUAUCUCCUUCGAUACCUCCUUCGAGGACAUCGAACUUCUCCGUCAUGAAAUGGAGGCCUUUGUCAGAUUGCCAGAGAACUCGCGCGACUUCCAGCCCGAUGUGUCCAUGACGGUCGAUGGCGUGGGCGAUCUUGACAAGCUAGUGCUCGUGGUGUCUGUCAAGCACAAGGGCAACUGGCACAACGAAGCGAUCCGCGCCACCCGCCGCUCCAAGUUUAUGUGCGCUCUGACGCUCGCCAUGAAGAAGGUGCCCAUUUUCGCCCCUGGCGGCGGCGGCGAUGCGCUCGGUGGCCCUGCCAAUCCUUCGUACACGGUCUCCGUCUCGGACGAGGUGGCUGCUGCAGCUCGCGAGGAGUCGGCCAAUAAAAAGGAUACGGCUCGCAUGGUGCCGAAGCUGACACGACGGGACUCGACUGCGAGCAAGACCGGCUCGGCCAAGGAGAGGGAGGCUGCCGCGGGGCUCAACUCCGCCGAAACCCGCAUCAGUGACGAGUUGGGCUACAGACUGAGCGACGCACAGCCGCUCUCGGGGGUGCGAAGCAGGACAUCGGAGGACACCCGCCGUUCCCAGGAUGUGCAGCGCUUGCAAUUGGAUCUUAUGAACAGAUCUAGCACGCGCGGCAAGCGCAGGGCUGGCGACACCAUUUCCCUUCAGUCACCCACAACCAACCCGAACUCCCCCAUCGUUCAACGGUCGCAGUCGAGGGCGCACGGUGGGCCGCCUUUCGAUGAAGAGGCUCAGACGAGCGGCGACUCGCCUUAUAGUGGGGCGCUCGGCGGCUACUAUAAUACCGCCAACCAGCCAACCGCGACUCAGACCCUGACGCCGGCUCAGGGCCAGCCCCAGCUCCAACCUUAUCAGCGGGCACAACAAGGUCCCUCGCCGUUCGGGCCACCCCCUCAGGGCCCUCCCCAUCCUGGUCCCCAGCGAUAA